CUCGAGGCCUUUUUGCCGGCACUGUCUCAGUGGCAACUGCUGCCGUCGCUCGCCGUGCUGGCCAGGGUUGCGCCGCCAUGCCCGCGCGCGUGGGCCCGUGCGUGGGACGCCGAGCAGUGGCGCAUGGCUUGGCGUUGUUGUGCGUCGCCGCGAUGGCCUUGCUGCACUGCUCGCCAGCGCAGUCCACGCCGGGGAUGCCGCGCCAGGCGCCAUGGAGCGGCCCGCCGCCCUACGAGCCCCAGCGCUACAGGUCCGCUCUGCCGCACUACGAGCCCCGGCGCUACGAGCCCCAUCACUACGCGCCCGCCCAGCCGCGCUUUGAGCCCCGCCGCUACGACUCCACUGCUGAGCUGCGCGGGCCGCCGCCAGGGCAGCAGCUGGUGCAGGCACGCUAUGGAGACCGCUCGUACGGCUCCGUGCCCGCGGCGCAGACCCCCCUGCGCCCGCAGAGGGACGAGCACCAGCGCUACAGCUCUGCUCCGCCUCACUACGAGCCCCAGCGCUACGAGCCCCGUCACUACGCGCCCGCCCAGCCGCGCUUCGAGCCCCGCCGCUACGACUCCACCGCUGAGCUGCGCGGGCCGCCGCCAGGGCAGCAGCCGGUGCAGGCACGCUAUGGAGACGUCUCGUACGGCUCCGUGCCCGCGGCGCAGACACCCUUGCGCCCGCAGAGGGACGAGCACCAGUUGGGGGUGCAUCGGGACUACGGAGCCCGCCGGGAUGAUGGCCGCUCCUCUCCGCGAGCGUGGCCGUUGCAGGCCCAGCCAUCCUAUCAGACCAGCGUCUACGAGAGGGGGUAUCCUGCGGCACACGGGGCACACGUGCAGCCACCUCACGCCGCACGCCGCUACGACGAGCCUGCGGCUGCCAACCCAGUGGCCCAGCAAGCUAGAGCGCGGCCGACCUACAGCACCGGGGGGUACGACCAGCCCGCGCGUCACAGGGGACCGCGGCCGCCGUACGGCGAGGCCCGCAACUACGUUCCCGAGCCCGCGGAGCGCAUGGAGGAGCGCCCGCUUGCCUUCGAGGGGCCGCUGGCGGCGCUCCCGGGCGAGGCAGGGCUGCGCCAGGACCAGGCGGUGGCGCCGCGGGGGGGCACCAGGCUGCACUGGAGGCUGUCCGAGGCCGUGGUGGACCGCCAGCACCGCCUCGACUCCGGAGAGUGGGAUCCCGCGCAGAUCGGGCUCUUCGCCAAGGAGGUGGGAGAGGGUGGCCAGCGCCAGUUCUUCGUGGACACCUUCGCAAAGUUCAGCAUGGACGUCGCCGCGCAGCCGCGCGGGAGCCACCUCUACGAGGUGAUACUUGAGGACCAGCCCUGCUGGCUCUACUUCGAUCUGGAGUUCUAUAAAGAUGCGAACCCACAGCUGAACUCCGACGCGGUCAUGGCGCAAUUCCGCGAGGCACUUGCGAGCUUCUGCGCGAAGGAGGGUUUUGCAUACGACGAGUCUCGCAUGGUCUUCCUCGAGUCGUCCACGGACAAGAAGUUCUCCAUGCACGUGAUCGGGAAGUGGAUCGCGUUCCGUAACAAUUUUCAGGCUGGGCAGUUUGUGGAGAUGUUCCUGGAGUACGCAAGGGGUUCACAGGAGCUAGGAGAUGGGUCUGGCACCAACUUGCUGUUCGUUCGUGGAGAUCUUGACGACAUUGAAGCGACGGUGUCCGUGGUCGAUGCCUCCGUGUACAGCCGAAACCGCUGCUUUCGCGUUCUGCGCCAGUCCAAGUUUGGCAAGAUCGCCACGCUGGAGCUGCAGGAUGGUGGGGGCGUGGUGAGCGAGUCAGACUUGCCUCAUUUCCAGGUGCUCCGGACACUUGCCUCGUUCGUGCCCGAUGGAACUCCGUUCUGCGAGCACUUCAAGAUUCCCGCGGAUGCGAGGCAUGCACCUCAAGCUGGGGUGGUAGUGGACGCGGACUCGAAUAUGCAGAUGUUGUUGAACUGGUUGAUGGUAAAGUGGGAUUCUAUGCGCAGCGAGGCCGAAGGCAACAUCUACAGCAGAUACCUGCCCACCCAAGUCUCGAAACUAAUCGAGCUGGACGACGGUAAAUACAUGGCGCAGCUUUCCAACAACCGCUUCUGUCUCCAGAGGGAGAGAUCUCACAAGUCCAACGGAGUGUUCUUUAUCAUAGACCUGACCAAGGGGAUCUUCUAUCAGAAGUGCUUUGACCAUGAAGACUGUGCUGGGUUCUCGAAGUUCCAGAUCCCGGGCGAGUUCCUGCUUGCGUCACAUGGCUUGCAGCGACAAGGCCCUGGUAUGGGUCAGCUGUAGAGAGCGUGCUGCGAGCAAAUUGGGUCGGAUUGCUUCCUGGCGCAAUCUCGGGUAAAUCUGGGGCACGCGUAGCCGCGCAGGCUGGGGAGCGCCUGCGCGGGCGAUCGACUUGCAUCGUGCAAGGGUGGGAGGCACGCCCGCAAGAUGGCGUGGCAAAAAGAAUGUGCGGGGACCCCGCUGGAGUCCGCAAGGAGAUGCAAUUGGCGCGCGAAGCUCGAUUCGAAAGUGCCGAGUUUGAGCAGCCGCCUCCUUGUAGCCUCGCGCUGACUGGGUCCGCAAAGUAAGCUGUGUGUGUGUGUAUGACUGCUGCGCGCCUGAGAACCCUCUGCGCC